AUGGUGCGAAAGAGUACUAAUGCUGUUGAACAAACUCAUAAUAAAUCCAAUCGUCGUGGAAAGCAAUUGACAUUGCUUCAAGCAAUUCUUGAAUCAUUGAAGCUAGAUAUACAGGACGUGCAGCAGAAUCGAAGCUAUAAUUCAUAUGGUCUUCGACACCGCUAUGCAACUCAAACUUUGGAGGCUAGCUUUCUAAGACAUAUGGCACGAUCUGAAUCAGCUCGACAAACAGAAUCUAACUCACCUGAGUUGAAUAUACAAGAUCAAGAUCAAGAUCAUAUUUUCUUUCCCUCAUCUAGUAGCGGAAGACCAUUGCAACGAACUCCAAGUCGAAGGGGGAGCAUGAGCCGGCGAGGGAGCUCUCGAGCUAGAUCAAGCUCAUCCCAAGUUAGUCUCCAACGAGUUGCUACAGCUAAUUCACAUGAGCAAUAUCAAAAUACAGAGCUACAGAACCUGGAGGAGGAAUUGAAGAUAAACAAUCUAAAGGCCGAAUUACUUGCAAAGCAGAUUGAAAUCAAGAAAAGAGAACGUGAGCUACGUGAGUUAGAGUUAGAAAAUGGAGGACAGCAUUAA